AUGUCAGGAGGAGUAGAUUCCUCCGUUGCGGCCAAGUUAUUAGCGGAACAAGAUUAUAACUUGUCGGCUAUUUUUAUGAGAAAUUGGGAUACCCGUGAUGAAUCUGGCACGGACAAAGGGUGUGAAUGGGAGAAGGAUUGGCAAGACGUACAGCAAGUUUGUAGGACGCUCGAUAUUCCCUGCCGAAUGAUAGACUUGAGUCGUGAGUACUGGAACCGUGUAUUCGAGCCUUCAUUGAGGUUAUGGGAGUCCGGAGUCACACCGAACCCUGACGUCUGGUGCAACAAGGAGAUCAAAUUCGGCGCUCUUCUUGAUCGCCUUCCUCAUUCUGAAUCAAUACCCGAGGAGGCGUGGUUUGCUACAGGUCAUUAUGCAAGGAAGUCGACUGGUCCACGCGCCAAACUCCUUCGAGCCGUUGAUCGGCAUAAAGACCAAACGUACUAUCUAUCAUCGCUUUCCGAAGCUAGCUUGGACCGCGCUUUGUUUCCUAUUGGAGGAUUCACGAAGCCCGAAGUGCGCGAGAUUGCUCGCAAACAUAACUUGGUGACAGCCGAGCGACCUGAGAGCAUGGGUCUCUGUUUUGUUGGCGAGAAAGGGAAAUUUAGAGACUUCCUCGAUCAAUACAUCCCUCCCAAACCCGGGCCUAUUGUCGAUCUUCUUACUGAUAAAACGCUAGGUGAACAUCACGGUCUGUGGACCUACACUAUCGGCGAGAACGCUAGAAUAUCAGGCAUGCCGAUGAAGAUGUUCGUCUCACGGAAAGAUAUAGCAAAUAAUCGGGUUUACGUUGUCCCAGGAACUGACCACAUCGACUUGUGGGCUACGUCGAUCCGCGCAACUGGGUGGAGUUGGAUUUGGGCUGAUUCACCUCCAAUCGGGAUAUCUCAACCUGCUGGCACUCGACUUCGCGCGAAGUUUCGGCACAAAAUGGGGGACAUACCGUGCACGGUCCGGCGACGGGCUGACGGUGAUGUGAUCAUCACCUUUGACGACCCACGGAAGGCCGUAUCUCCUGGGCAAGUCGUUGCUCUAUGGGAUGCCGACUGGUGCCUCGGAUGUGGGACUAUUGUAGAAGGGAAGAACGAUCCACCUCAAAGCCUCGAUUAUACCCAAGACUACCAGAAAGCAAACAUAGCAUACACACAAGAGAGCCCAAACCCGUAA